AGUUUAGAGGUUACGUUUCUUUAGCUUACGUUGAUCGUAAUAAAAACAUUAAUAAAUUAAUUACUAAGUAAGGAAAGAUUGGUUUUAUUGUCAAUAUUAAUAAUGGCGCCCUCAGAAAGUCCACCUAGGGAACUGGAUAGUAAGCACGAGGACAAAAUUGUGAAAUUUGUUUCAGACAUUAGAAAUGGGAAGAUCGAAGGCUCAAACAACAUUGCACUGACAACACUGUCACUCUUGGAGCAAAUCAUCACCGAGUGUGAGAAUGCUACGGCUCUCGAGUUAAGCGGCGUAGUUCGCGAGGUAGGCAGGCGUUUAUGCCGCGCGCUGCCUCAGGAGCUUGUAGCGGCUAACAUGGCGCGGCGGGUGCUACGAGCGAUUCGGGACGAGCACCGCCUGCUGUGCGAACAGAGCGGAGGUGCUACUUCUGGUACUGGCACUGGCACAGAAGGCUCCGGGGAUAGCUUACAGCGUCUCGUGCUGGCGGCACACGGAGGUCGACGCACUACCCUCGGGGCUGCGCUGCCACACCUGAGGGAACCUCUAAGGGAUCAUAUCGCAGAGGUCCGCGCCGAGAUAGAAUCUUGCACCGCGUCGAUAUCCUCUCAAGCCCGGGCCCACGUCCACGCCGCGGAGCUGAUCCUCACGCACGGAGCCUCCAGCCUCACGGAGCGGUUCCUGAAGGCGGCCCGGAGGCAUACACACUACCGUCUGCUGCUGGGCGAAGGGCCAAGGGUGCAGGAAAGUCACGCUAUGGCUGCACGGUUAAGCGCGGCUGGAGUUCCCGUCACUCUGAUCAACGACGCCAGUAUCGCAGCAGUCAUGUCACGCGUCAAUAAGGUGGUGAUAGGAGUACGCGCAGUACUUGCGGGUGGGGCAUUGCUGGCACGAGCUGGGACCCACGGUCUCACCAUCGCCGCCAAACACUACAGCGUGCCCGUGAUAGCGUUAUGCCCUCUGUACAAGCUCAGCCCUCUGCACGCGUGUGAUCGGUACGCGCUUUCUGCACUCGACUGCCCGCGACCCUCCAUGUUAUACGAGUGUGGUGAGAGUUCCCGCGUCCACGUGGAGUGUCCCCGGUACGACGUGGUGCCUCCAGACCACGUGACGCUGUUCCUCACCAACCUCGGUGGCAGCUCACCGUCGUACAUAUACAGAUUAUUGUCUGAAUUGUACGACCCUAAGGAUCAUCAGCUAUAAUCAAGAACGAGAAACACACUGUA